AUGGCAACAUCAAGGUUCCAAGCAUUCUUGAACAGCCCGGUUGGCCCUAAAACAACCCAUUUCUGGGGUCCUAUCGCUAACUGGGGUUUCGUUGCUGCUGGUUUGGUGGAUAUGCAAAAGCCCCCGGAAAUGAUCUCUGGAAACAUGUCUUCGGCGAUGUGCAUUUACUCUGCAUUGUUCAUGAGAUUUGCCUGGAUGGUGCAACCUCGCAACUAUCUACUACUUGCGUGCCAUGCUUCCAAUGAGACUGUACAGCUCUAUCAGCUCUCGCGUUGGGCAAGAGCCCAGGGGUAUUUAUCCUCCACGAAAGAAGAGGAGAAACCGUCUCAGUAA